AAUGGGACUUUUUCUUGGAAAAAUGAUUUCUUGGAAGUAGGAAGAUAUGUCGAACACACACUUGGAAGCGUUUUGAGCAAUCAUUAGCUAUCUCUCACACUGUAACAGUUCAUUUGUUUUGAUUUGUGAUUACUGUUCAUAUCUACAGGCAGUAGCAACAUCAUCAGUAUGUCACAGUGGUCGGCGAUCCAGCAGUUGAACUCCCAGGUUAUAGCUCAAGUAAAGAAAUUAUACAGUGAGGCAUCUUUUCCCAUUGAAGUCCGACAUUUCUUUGCUCAGUGGAUUGAAGACCAGCCAUGGAAGGACUUGAACGAGGACCAGCCGGAGCACCACGACAUCGCGCUGCAGCUGUUGAACCAGCUUCUCGUCCAGCUCAAGGAGAAGUGCGUGGAAUUUCACGAGGACCAUUUCUUCUUCAUACGAAUAGAACUGCAGGAAGCGGAAAGCAACUUCACACAGUUUUAUGGAAACAACCCAUUUGCAUUUAUCAAGACCGUCAGACAACUUCUGGAUACUGAAGCUAGCUUGUUACAGACACAAGAGCCACAAACUGUACAAGAAGUCCAAAUGAAUGGGUUGGUGCCUGAUACCAGAGGGGAGGAAAUCACUCAAGCACUUGAAGUUUUAAAGAACAAUACUCUGGAUACAGACAAUGAACUCCGUAUUCUGCAGUCCAAGCAGGAGUCCUUUAUAAUUCAGUACCAGGAAAGUACUAAACUUGGCAACUUCCUAAAACAGAUACAGUUGCAAGUAGAGAGAACGGUCGAGUUACAGAAACGUGAGGAGGCGUUAAAGAAGCAGAAGGAGGAGGUCGAGACAAACUUGGCACAGAAAGCCCAGGAAUUACUCCAGCUAAGAAUCCUAAUAGCCAAGAAGUAUAGCGACACCGUAAACCAAAUAGAUAGCAUACAGAAGAAUGUCUUGGAUGAUGAACUGAUUCAGUGGAAGCGUAGGCAGCAACAUGUUGGUGAAAAAUUUGAAGAAAAUCUUGAUCAGUUGCAGAAAUGGUGUGAGGAUUUGGCAGACUUGAACUGGUCGAAUCGACAACAGAUUCAGCGGUGCCGACAGUUGGAAGCCCAGCUGCCGAUAGAACUACCUGCGGGACAGGAGAACGUUUUACCUGGACUAGGAGAGAGAGUCACCUGUUUGCUGUCCACCCUUGUCACCAGUACAUUCAUAGUCAGCAAUCAACCUCCGCAAGUUCUGAAAAAGGAUUCCCGAUUUAGUGCCGCCAUACGUCUUUUGGUUGGAGGAAAGUUGAACGUUCACAUGACCCCGCCCACAGUGAGAGCUACCAUAAUCAGUGAGAAGCAAGCUCAAGAACUUCUGGGCAACAACGUCAAAGUGAAGAACGAAACUAGCGGUGAAAUUCUCAACAACAACGGUACGAUGGAUUACGAAUCCGAGUCCCGGAAACUCGGGAUCAUGUUUAGAAAUAUGCAACUGAAACGAAUUAAAAGAGCUGACAGAAAAAGCAAUGAGGCUGUGACAGAGGAGAAGUUUUGUAUCCUGUUUCAGUCUGACUUCAAAGUCGGUGGAAAUGAACUUGUGUUCCAGGUUUGGACUUUGUCUCUGCCGGUUGUGGUUAUUGUCCAUGGCAACCAGGAAUGUAAUGCUCAUGCUACCAUCCUGUGGGACAAUGCCUUUUCAGAACCAGGCAGAGUUCCGUUCCACGUACCAGACCAGGUGAUGUGGCCACAGUUGAAGGAGCAGCUUGACCUCAAGUUCAAGGCCAUAACCGGACGUGGGCUAACUGAGGACCACCUCAAUUACCUAGCAACCAAGCUGUUGGAUGGACAGCUACCAACAAAUGAUGAUUUCUCUGCCUGUACGGUCAGCUGGUCACUCUUUAAUAAGGAGCAGGUCAAAGGCAGAAGCUUCACAUUUUGGGAGUGGUUACACGCAGUAGCAAAACUAACCAAGGAACAUUUGAAAGGACCAUGGAAUGAUGGGUCUGUGAUUGGAUUCGUCAGCAAGUCCCAGGCCCAGGAUUGGCUGUUUCAGAAACCCAAUGGUACAUUCCUGUUACGCUUCAGUGACUCGGAACCUGGCGGCAUAACAAUUGCAUGGGUGGACGACAAGGCUAAUGGAAAACUGGAGGUGUGGAAUUUGAAGCCGUUUGGAGCAAAAGAUUUCUCCAUUCGGAGUCUGGCCGACCGAAUAAAGGACCUUCACAAUCUGGUCUACCUGUAUCCAGAUAUUCCAAAGGAAAAUGCGUUUGGGAAAUAUUUCUCCUCCAAUCCAGGAGAGGAUACUCCAAACACAGAUGGUUAUAUCAAACCAAAUCUUAUGACAGUCAUCCCUGGUCACUAUAAUGGCCAGCCAAUGAACUUGGAAAAUCCCCAAACUCCCCAAACUCCUCAACUGAUGGAGCCGUUCUCCCCCACUACAUCAGCCACAUCGGUGUACGAUAAGAGUCCGGGGUCGGUGCUCACGCAGCAAACACAGGACGAUCCGAUGCAGGGUGACCUGGAAGAUUUCUACCUGUUCUCCACAGACUACGCACCUGAGGACAUCCAGAGCAUCAACGUGAACGAGCUGAUUUACCAGACGAACAACACGUGAAGUGAACGUGAAGUUUUACUUCUUGUACAGAUGUAUCAUAAAGAUUGUAAUUUGAUAGA